CUGCUUUGGCUCAGUUUCUGUCGACGUGGGAAAAGCGUUGCAAGCAAGAGCAAACAACGAUCGGGCUAUGGGUGUAUGCGCUUGAGAUGUUCGCAGUGUCAUGCGAGAGGACACGUAUCCCUGAAAACAGACGGCAGCAUGUGGCUCAAACCCGAAGAAGUGCUCCUGAAAAACGCGCUGAAAUUAUGGGUGACGGAAAAAUCCAACGAUUACUUUGUGCUGCAGCGCAGACGCGGAUACGGAGAGGACAGCGGAGGAUUGACAGGCUUGUUGGUUGGCACUUUAGACACCGUUUUCGACUCCACAGCCAAAGUGGCCCCGUUCCGCAUUUUGCACCAGACGCCCGACUCUCAGGUGUACUGGAACAUCGCCUGCGGAGCAUCAUUAGAGGAGAUCUCACAGCAUUGGGACUGGCUGCAGCAGAACAUCAUCAGAACUCUCUCGGUGUUUGACUCUGGUGAUGACAUCACCAGCUUUGUCCAGGGAAAGAUAAGGGGUCUGAUAGCAGAAGAGGGCAAAUCCGCAUGUGACGAGGAGGAUCCAGAACGGUUCCGGGAGGUAGUGCUACGUUUUGAGCGUCUGUUUGGUUUGCCUCAAAGAGAAAAGCUAGUGACGUAUUACUCCUGCAGCUACUGGAGAGGACGAGUCCCAAACCAGGGCUGGAUCUACCUCAGCACUAACUUCCUGUGUUUUUACUCUUAUAUGCUGGGAAAUGAAGUAAAACUGGUGUUUCCCUGGGAUGAGGUGAGCCGACUGGAACGCACGUCAAACGUGUUGCUGGCAGAGAGCAUCCGCGUGCGUGUGCGUGGAGAGGAUCAUUUCUUCUCGAUGUUCAUGCGACUCCAGCAGACGUACUUGAUCAUGCAGCAGCUGGCCGACUACGCAGUUGUACGGUUCUUCGACAAGGAAAUGUUUCAUGCAGAGCAUCCACUGUCCAACCCUCUACACAUCACACAGAGGGCUUUAGAAAAACAUGCGCGGAACCAGUCAUUCCGAUCAUUUUUCCGGUUGCCUCAGGAAGAAAACCUCUGCGAAGUGUACGAGAGUUUUCUCUGGAUUCCAUUCGGCCACAUGAACGUUCUUGGAAAAAUCUGCGUGUCCGAGAACUAUCUGUGCUUCGCCAGUCAGGACGGGUCACAGUGUCAUCUCAUCAUACCUUUAUGGGAGGUAUUUAGUGUAGAGCUGCCGGAUCGCAGUACUCGUGCUUUGACUAUGUGUAUGCGUGGCAAGAGAGCUUUGCGAUUUUCAGAAGUACGAGAUUAUGAACGCCUUGCCGCCACAAUCCGCAGGAAGUGUGGGACGGCGGGAAGCCCCCAGCAUUCCUUUAUGAGUCAGGAUGAGGAGGGUGUGAUGGUGGGGCAGAGUCAAGCCGUGAGCACUGAAGCGCUCAUGAAUGUCUUUCAUCCGCACAAUGCCGAAAACCUUGACCCCAAAAUGCUGAAGGAGCGGAUGAAGGAGCAGUCAUGGCAGAUCCACUUUGCUGAAUACGGUCGUGGAACUGGAAUGUUCUGCACCAAAAAAACCCGUGAUCUCAUUGUGCGAGGAGUUCCAGAGACACUGCGAGGAGAACUGUGGAUGCUCUUCUCAGGUGCUGUACAUGACAUGACCUCUAACCCCGGGUACUACGGCCGGCUGCUGGAGGAGUGUAUGGGCAGCAGCUCUCUGGCAUGUGAUGAGAUUGAGCGAGAUCUGCAUCGCUCUCUUCCUGAGCACCCAGCAUUCCAGAGCGACACAGGAAUCUCGGCCCUGCGCCGAGUCUUGACUGCCUAUGCGCACCGAAACCCUAAAAUCGGUUACUGCCAGGCGAUGAAUAUCUUGACGUCAGUGCUGUUGCUGUAUGCUAAAGAGGAAGAGGCUUUCUGGCUGCUGGUGGCUGUGUGUGAACGAAUGCUCCCAGAUUACUUCAACCGCAGAAUCAUCGGAGCGCUGGUGGACCAGGCCGUGUUCGAGGAGCUGAUCCGUGAGCACCUAACCCAGCUGACCGAGCACAUGACAGAUCUUUCGUUCUUCUCAUCGGUGUCGUUGUCAUGGUUCCUGACACUCUUCAUAAGUGUGCUGCCAAUAGAGAGCGCGGUGAAUGUGGUGGACUGUUUCUUUUACGACGGAAUCAAAGCCAUACUUCAACUCGGCCUUGCUGUCCUCGACUACAAUAUGGACAACCUGCUGUGUUGCCAUGACGACGCAGAAGCUGUCACCAUCCUCAACAGGUUUUUUGACAAUGUCACAAAUAAAGACAGUCCCCUUCCAGCUACCGUGCAGCAGGCGUCUGCAACAGCCAAUGACAAAUCAAUACAAAAGGUGGACAUAAGUGAUCUUAUCAAAGAGGCAUAUGAGAAAUAUGGAGACAUCCGGACAGAGGAAGUUGAAAACAUGCGGAAAAGAAACAAGCUGUAUGUCAUUCAGACCCUUGAAGACACAACAAAACAAAAUGUUCUACGUGUUGUUGCUCAAGAUGUAAAAUGCAGUGCUGCUCAGCUGGAUGAACUGUACAUGCUUUUUAAGAGGCAACACUUUGUAAGCUGCUACUGGUCAGUGUCUAGUCCAGUCCUACACAACCAUGACCCCAGCCUGCCAUAUCUGGAUCAGUACCAACUGGAUCAGUCCCAGUUUAGCAGUCUGUUUAACCUGCUGCAGCCGUGGACCACAGACACACAUGUGCGCUCGUUGACACGAUCUGCCUUUCAUAUUCUGGAUGAGAACGGAGACGGACUGGUGAACUUCAAAGAAUUAAUAUGCGGUCUGGAUAUCUUAUACAACAGAUCGUUCACAGAAAAGCUGAAGUUUCUGUUCAAACUGCAUCUUCAGUCAGGAACACAAGAACAUACGAUUUUAAAGUCGUCUACAUUCAUUCCUCCGGCCGAAGAUCACUCUUUCUCCACUCGUCUUUCUGACUUGACAGAGGAUGGAGUGAUCAGGAAAUGUCCGGAGAAAGGUCGCGCUAAAGUCGACCUGCAGGAAUAUCUGAAACAGUGGCAGGAAGACUUGCAGCGCAGGGAAGAGAAUAUUAAAGAUCUGCCCAGAAUUAACCAGGUGCAGUUUAUCGGUCUGACGAAAACUCUAUACGGCGUGUUUCACGGUGACGAGGAAGAGGAGAGCUUAUAUCGCGCCGUGGCACGAGUUACCAGCCUCUUGUUGCGCAUGGAGGAGGUGGGACGCAAGCUACAGGAGAGCAGCCUGCAAAAAACAACUCAAAGUACACCCGCCAGCUCCCAAAGCACAGCUCAGGAGCCCGAGGUCUCCCCCACAACACCCAUCAGCGCUGACAUACCCGCCGAAAACACUCGCGAGCCUCCGUUCAGUCAGCACGAAACUGCCCCGUCUCACUCAGACAUUACCCCUAACUCAACCUCACGCCCUUCUACCCCCACCAGCAGUCCUACCGGAACCAGCAGCCCCGCCUUGGACACGCCCACAGACACGCCCACUUCGCCCAGUGCUGUCAGAGACGGAGACUGGAGUUUUUCUUUUGAGCAGGUUCUGGCGUCCCUCCUCAACGAACCGUCUGUUGUUCGCUUUUUUGAACGGGCUGUGGACGCAGACGCUCUGAUUGCACAAGCGCACAAAAACCAGCUUAAAGACAAACACUAAAGAGACGCACACUAGACCAGAGCAAACUGAGCAAAACACUGCCCUAAAAGCCAUAAACGCUCUUCAUUUCCACCUUACGUUCCCAUUCUCAUACUUUGUGGGACUUUAGUGUCGGUGUUUGCGACAGAAAUGUUGGCACAUGCAAAUAUGCAAGAAGGGAAAAAUCGAAAAGUGUUGUGAUAUCACAUCAGUCAGACGUGAUGGUCCGAGGACAGGUGAUGUAUUUGGUGUUAGAUGUUAUAGAUGUAACAUAGUUCGCCUUUGUGUUAUAAGAUAAUGGGGAUAAAGGUGUUAUGAUGUAAUCAAGAUGAUGAUAUAAGAUGUCUAAUGCAAACAAUGACUUUCAGGUAUUAUGAUGUAAUGUAACGGGAGGACUGGAGGGAAUCGUGAGGGAAUAUAAACAGCACGUUUGAUUUGGAAUGACGGCAUGCGUGGAAUGUUUUAGGCUUUGCCUGAUUUAUACGUUGAGUAACCUCCUUGAGUAAUUCCUUGAGUUCACGCGCACACGCUCAACACCUUACCUUCACUCCAAGCCUGACCUAGCACACGUAUAUGCACAUAUAAGAAUGACAUUCAGUAUAAAAUGAGAGAAGGGAAAUACUAUGCUGUUGUACUGCAAAAAACUGAAUAAAAGCUUUUGAAUUGUUCGAAAAAUACUGAUAAAAAAAUCGUAGUCCAUUCUACAAAUGAACGCCUUGUCGCGUUCUUUGCCCUGUCGUAAUGGUUUGUCUUGCUUUAAUGCUUGUUUCUACCUGCCUUUAAUAGGACUCAACAGGAUGCAAAGUUGAGUGUUUUUGGGUUGGACUGUGUUGCACACCUUCGUACCAGUUUAUAGCCGUUUAAUUCUGAUUUAGUGAUUGUGUUUGUCUGCAAACCGGAAUCUGUGGUUUAAGCCUUAUUCAUUUUUGAUUCAGGUCUUCAGUACUAUUAUCAAGUGCUUCCAUUAAACAAAAACCUAUUAUCUUUUAUUAUAAGUUGGUAAAUAGCAAGCGUUUACUGAUAUAUCACAAAUUAUUUUCAAAUAUAUAUUAUUUUGGCAUAAUACAAGGAUAUUUUUUCCAUAAUAUUAUAAAAUACACUGAAUUGAUUUAGCCAGAGAUAUAUAUAUAUAUAUAAUAUAUAGAACCAUCACAUUGUAAAUGAUUUAAAGUGGUGUAAUUUAGCUGUCAAAAAGUUCAAGUAGUCAAGUAACAUUAAGUGAUUAAUCACUUAAACCAAAAGAAAAUAAGAAGUUAUGAUGCAAAAAAUGGACCAAUGAAUAUGCAGGCUUGUCGUUUGCGUAAAUGCUGAGAGCUUGUGGUGCCGAAUGCAAGAAAAUACUAAAAAGAGAAUUUGUUGUUUUGUUCAUUCUGUGGUUAUUCUGUUCGACGUUGUCUGGAUUGAACCAGCUGAAGUUUGUCAAUAUGUGGCUAAAGAAGUAGUUUUUUUUUUCAGAGUUGAAAGACGUAAUGCAUAUUUUCUGUAUAAUUGGUUGGUAAGAAUUCAUCUGCUGAAUUUAAAUUGUUAAUGUUUCAUAUUGUCACUCCGUUGCUGUUAUUGCAGAUUUUUUUUUCGUGUUUGCAACUGGUUCUGCAGGGUAAUAGUGUGGUCAUUUUGAUUUUAUGUUUUUGAAAUCUUUGUUACAAUCUGUUUGUGCAUCAUAGAUUCACAUUAUGGAAGUUUGUCUGUAAUGAUCAAAUAAAAUAUAUGAAGAUAGAUAUUUGA